AUGGGACCUGGAAAGGAGAAAGAAAUCAAUUCUUGUGUACGUGAAAUUGUGGGUGCUUGUGCGAUUCAAUCAGAGACAAGAGACAGAAUCAGAGGGAGAAAGAAAAAGAGAAAGCAAAACUUCUACCUUUGCAACGUGGAUAUCCAAUUCCUCCCACUUAUAUUACAUAUUCAGGUUUCUAGUUGUAUAUAUUUGUUGUACACUACAGCUAGACAUUUCUUCGACAUAGCUGCAAUGGAGCAACUUUUUCACUUUAGUCACAGCCAUAUGCUCAGCCUUGUCCAUCUGCAACCUAACCAAGAUAAUAAAAACUUUGAUGAAGAAGAAGAAGAAGAAGAAGAAGAAGAAGAAGAAGAAGAAGAAGAAGAAGAAGAAGAGAAAGAUGAAUAUGAAGAUGAUGAGGAUAAGGAUGAUUUUGUGGCUGAAGAUAAGCAUGUUGGAGAAUGCAAAAUGUGUAAGGAAGGGAUUUACUCAUUUCAUAUAAGUUACUACGAGUGUAAGGAUUGUGAUGACUACUCGUUGCACAAAUUUUGUGCAGAAAUGCCAAAAACCCUACAAAACCACCCAUCACAUCCCCAUCCCGACCAUAAUCUUAUCUUGUCUGAGGAAUUAUGUUGGACAUAUGAUCCAAAAUUAAUAGAAUGGACAUGCAGUGUGUGUAAUCUUAUGCGAACAAAGUUAUUCAAUUACAUAUGUGACAUUUGCGAAAUCAACAUGGACAUAAUAUGUGCUACUAUGUCUCAACAAAAGAUGGACCACCCAAGCCACCCUCACCAACUGCAACGUAUGGCCAAGGAGUCGGUGUCACGUUGCAGUGCUUGUGGCGAAAAACAUCAAGGGACCUUCUACCACUGCACAACUUGUUCUUGGUACUCCAUCCACUUAGAUUGUGCUUUGUUGCCAGCAAAGUUACUUAUCCAACAACCUACUGAUGCCACUUUCACUCAUUCUCAUCCACUUACCCUUGCCUAUUCCUUUCCUCAAGUUGAUUAUGCAUCUAAGUACAAUCCUGGAUGUAGAGUUUGUAAUGAGCGCUUCAAUAGUUACUUAUGGCUUUACAAAUGCGAUAAAUGUCAGUACUAUGCCCAUAUUAAUUGUGCAACUUCAAAGACAGAGCCAUUUAUGUCAAUCUUCUUACAUCCAGGUGGUGGCAAGACUUAUAAAAAUUUCAAAGACGAUGAUUAUCCUAAUCUUCUCCACUGUCCGUUUCCGGAUGAAAGUUACAACCUUCUCAGACACUAUUUUAUAACAAAUAAGAAAGAGUUUAUUACUAUGAUUAAAGAAGAAGAGCAUGGCGGUGAAAUGCUCAACCAUUUUAGUCAUCAACACCCACUGAUUCUUUUAGACUCACACACGCAACAAACAUCACUCAUUGUUCUUCACAACCCCAUGAAGAAAAUUCAAGUAUUAUGUGACGGAUGUUUGAAACCAAUAAUGGAAAUGCCAUUUUAUAAGUGUUCUCAAAUAAGUUGUGGUUUUUUUCUUCAUGAGUGGUGUGCCAGGCUACCUUCCAAAAUACAAGACCACCCUGGCCAUCCAGAGCAUGCACUUGUUCUCAUGUCAAACAACCCUAAUUGGUUAAUGGGUUUAUAUAUCUGUUACAAUUGUCGUUUAUAUGGCAAUAGUUUCGCAUAUGGAUGUGUAGCAUGUGGCUAUUAUGUGGAUAUCAAUUGUGCAUUCCUACCUAAAGAAAUCACACAUGAAGCUCACCCAGGCCAUCUCCUCUCAAGAAUCAAUGCUUCUCCAGCUGAUGUAUCAAAAAAAUCAUGCAAUUCAUGUAAUUGUUACCUGGAAGAUUGCAAUGUCGCUUUCCAUUGCCCCUCCUGUGAUUUCUACUUGGAUACGGAGUGUGCUUUGUUGUUGCCUGGAAUGAUGAGGCACAAGUUCGAUAAGCAUCCAUUGAGCCUGAGAUAUAAUCCAGUUGAGAACCACCCAAGCGACUACUUCUGUGAAAUUUGUGAGGAAAAAUUUGACCCUGAAAAGUGGUUCUAUCAUUGUGGUUGUUGUGCCCAGUCUAUGCAUCUUGCUUGUGCGCCCUUAAUCCUUGAGUGUGAGCAACAUGUAUAUGCCAAGUAUCAUAGAGGUGUCUUUGAGUUUGUGAAUGUCAAGUUUGGAGGGACGGUUGAGAUCCAAGGACUUCACCCACAUCGGCUAUCCUUUCUUCAAGGGAUUCAGUCCCAUGGUCUGUGCAAUUUGUGCCACCAAGAAUUGCAGUACGAUAUGAUCUUUAAGUGCUUGGAGUGCGAUGAGUAUGCACUUCAUUAUCUUUGUGCUGAUUUAUUUGGCAAUUGAUCAAGUUAUGUGCUUAAUUGAUUCUUGGCGUAACUAAACACUUGUACAUUUGUUAUUUGUAUCUUUAAAUCAUUUAUUUAAUUACUUUUCAUUUAUGUCUUUAAUUUUAUGAGUUGGGGU